AUGACACUUAAUCUACUACCACUAAUUGAUACCCAGUCAAUUACAACACCAUAUACUCCACAAACACAGACAAGACCGUUGUCAUUACCGAGCUCACCGCUGGCAAAGAGACAGAAACCCAAUACUAACAUGAUGUUGGACGGAUACAUGUUCAAUAAGGAGCUCCGGUUUGUGAAGAAGAUUGGUGCUGGCACCUAUGGACUCAUAUACUUGGUUGAAAACAUCUACACAGGAAGACAAUACGCAGCAAAGAUGGUGCUCAAACAACCACCAUUACCAUCAGCUACAAACUCACCUAGUGCAACACCAACAACAACAACAGCAACAGCAACAUCGUCAUCAUCGCAGCUUAACAAACAACAGAUUCAAGCUCGUUUUUACAACUACUUUCUUACACAUUUAGUACCCAACCCAGCUUCAAUAAACUUUGAGUAUAUCAAGAGCCAAGGACAUGACUGUCCUUUCUUAACAGAGAUUGCAUUACACUUGAAAGUACACGAACACCCUAAUGUCGCUACUAUCCAUGAAGUGUUCAAUUUGGAAAACUUUGCCAUUGUCAUUCUCCUAGACUACUUUGAACAAGGAGACUUGUUUGGCAACAUUAUCGAUAAACAAAUUUUCCAAAAGCAUCAACCAAGCUUCCAAAAGCAGUUGUUGAUGAAAAAUGCCAUGCUUCAAUUAGUUGACGCCAUUGAGUACUGUCAUCAAAACUCUGUAUAUCAUUGUGAUUUAAAACCAGAAAACAUUAUGGUGCGAUACAAUCCAAACUACAAAAGACCCAUGGACUCCAAUAGCAUCAUUGACUAUAAUGAACUCCACUUGGUGUUGAUUGAUUUUGGCUUGGCGAUGGAAUCGGACUUGAUUUGUUGCAAUGCUUGUCGAGGAUCAUCAUUUUACAUGGCUCCUGAGAGGACAACCAAUUUUAAUACAAACAAGUUGAUCAAGAGCUUGGUUGACAUGUCUCAAUACCCCACGAUGAUGAAGACCAAUGCCUUUAACGAAUCCAAUUGUAAAUAUUUGCCCACACUUGCAGGCGAUAUUUGGUCACUUGGCGUAUUGUUUAUCAAUAUCACAUGCUCCAGAAACCCAUGGCCCGUUGCAUCUUUUACUGAGACAAAUAACGAUGUGUUUAAGAAUUAUAUUUUGAACAAUAACAAGGCAAUAUUGUCAACCAUCUUGCCUAUUUCACACCAGUUUAACACGUUGCUCAAUAAGAUUUUUGUGCUCAACCCAAACAGUAGAAUCGACCUCAUUAGCCUCUACAAGGAAAUCAUUCGUUGUAACUUUUUCAAAGACACCCAUUCACACAGUUAUGGCGUCAAGCAACAACAGCAUCAUCAUCGUCAACAACAACAUCGUCAACAACCACAUGCACCAAACCCACAAUUGUAUACACCACCCGAAUCAACAGCAUACAACUCCUACGCCAGUGAAUUUGAAGAGGAGGAUGAAGAGGACGUGCAAGAUGAGGAUAACGAGGAAGAUUACGAAGUGGAUGAGGAGUAUACAGACUAUGAGGAUGACGAUUACAUUGACGCAGAUGAAGCUGACGAGUCCACUUUGAACACAGCACAAUUGCCCAUCACACCAAAGGAACAAACCCCACAACUUAAAGAAUAUUUUUUACAAGAUGCUAAAGCUUAUGCAAAAAAGAUUUGCCAAAGCACAUUACCACAAUUUGCCUUUGAUGCUAUUCAUUAG